ACGGUAGGCUACUCAAAACGCGAGCAGGACAUUUCAUAGUCUACCACAGGCAAGGCGAACGUCCAUAGAUGUUGGUUCAAGACCUGUUGCGGAGACAAACACCAAUUUGAUGCAGCAACUUGCCGUCGGAAGGUGAUUGCUAACAACAUGGACCUUGGACUUCCAUUUAGUUCUGUCUAUGCUGAAACACAACAGGUGGACCUGAGAGUGAUGGUGAAAGAAGAAGAUAUAAAAGAGGAGGAGUAUGAUCACAUGAUGUCAUGUCCAGAUGAAGGAGAAAAGCCCUUUGCAGAGUUUCACUGUAAAAUUGAAACAGACGUCACAGAGUCACCAAAGUCAACUUACAAUGAAAUACUACAGACAACUGUGAAGGCUGAAGUGAAGAAAGAGGAAGAGGAGGAGGAAGAAGAAGAAGAAGAAGAGGAGGAGGAGGAAGAAGAAGAAGAAGAAGAGCAGCAUGAACAUCUGCUGGAAAGUGUAUCUGAACACCCACAAGUCAGGCAACAGAAGAUCCACGGACAGAAUGAUGAACUCCACCUGCAACUCAGAGGAAGACUGCACCACUGCACAGUCUGCAGGAAGAGCUUCACAGCCCUGACAGAACUCGAGAAACACCAGCAAACACACUCCGUCAUGGUGAAUCAAAAGAGGUCCCGAAAAAAGCCACGUAGAUAUUCUCAGUGUGAAAAAGCCUCCUCAGUAGUUAAGCACCACAUGGUUAUACACACUGGAGAGAAGCCUCAUGAAUGUACUCAGUGUGGAAAAGGUUUUUCACACAGGUCGAGCCUUUCACGCCACAGGCUUGUACACAAAGGAGAAAACUCUCGUAAAAGCCACACGCUAGUACACACUGGAGAGAGGCCUCAUGAAUGUGUCCAGUGUGGAAAAGCAUUUAGAACGUCCCAAGAUCUUCAAUGCCACAUGCUGACACAUAACGAUGAGAAGCCUCAUAUAUGUGACCAGUGUGGAAAAUCAUUUUCAAAAAGUUCAAAUCGUAAGCGCCACAUGUUAGUACACACUGGAGAGAAGCCUCAUGAAUGUGUCCAGUGUGGAAAAUCAUUUACACUGCCCCAAAGUCUUCAGCGCCACAUGCUUACACAUACUGGAGAGAAACCUCAUAAAUGUGUCCAGUGUGGGAAAUUAUUUUCAGUCAUUGCAACUCUUAAAGACCACAUGCUAAUUCACGCUGGAGAGAAGCCUCAUAAAUGUGCCCAGUGUGGAAAAUGUUUUUCACACAGCUCAAGCCUUUCACGCCACAUGCUUGUACACAAAGGAGAGAAGUCUCGUAAAAGCCACACGCUAGUACACACUGGAGAGAAGCCUCAUAAAUGUGUCCAGUGUGGAAAAGCAUUUAGAAUGUCCCAAAGUCUUCAGUGCCACAUCCUUACACAUACAGGAGAGAAGCCCCAUAAAUGUGACCAGUGUGGAAAAUCAUUUUCAAAAAGUUCAAAUCAUAAGCGCCACAUGUUAGUUCACACUGGAGAGAAGCCUCAUGAAUGUGUCCAGUGUGGAAAAUCAUUUAGACUGCCCCAAAGUCUUCAGCGCCACAUGCUUACACAUACUGGAGAGAAACCUCAUAAAUGUGUCCAGUGUGGGAAAUUAUUUUCAGUCAUUGCAAGUCUUAAAGACCACAUGCUAAUUCACACUGGAGAGAAGCCUCAUGAAUGUGUCCAGUGUGGAAAAUCAUUUAGAACGUCCCAAAGUCUUCAGCGCCACAUGCUUACACAUAAUGGUGAGAAGCCCCAUAAAUGUGCCCAGUGUGGAAAAGGUUUUUCACAAAGCUCAACUCUUAAAGCCCACAUGCGAAUUCACACUGGAGAGAAGCCUCAUAUAUGUGUCCAGUGUGGAAAAUCUUUUUCAUUUAGUUCAAAUCUUAAAGCCCACAUGCGAAUUCACACUGGAGAGAAGCCUCAUAAAUGUAUCCAGUGUGGAAAAGGUUUUACAAAAAGGUCAACUCUUAAAGCCCACAUGCAAAUUCACACUGGAGAGAAGCCUCAUAAAUUUGCCCAGUGUGGAAAAGGUUUUUCACAAAGCUCAACUCUUUAUGGCCACAUGUUAGUACACACUGGAGAGAAGUCUCAUAAAUGUGUCCAGUGUGGAAAAGCAUUUAGAACAUCCAAAGAUCUUCAACGCCACAUGCUAUCAUAUACCGGAGAGAAGCCUCAUAAAUGUCUCCAGUGUGGAAAAGCUUUUCCAUUUAUUUCAACUCUAAGACUCCACAUGCUUACACAUACUGGAGAGAAGACUCACAAAUGUGCCCAGUGUGGAAAAGCCUUUAUAAGAAUCUCAAACCUUAGACGGCACACACAUACACAUACUGGAGAAAAGCCUUAUGAAUGUGCCCAGUGUGGAAAAGCUUUUACACAAAUGUCAUCUCUUAAAGCCCACAUGCAAAUUCACACUGGAGAGAAGCCUCAUAAAUGUGCUCAGUGUGGAAAAUCAUUUUCAAAAAGUUCAAAUCUUAAAAUCCACAUGUUGGUACACACUGGAGAGAAGCCUCAUAAAUGUGCUCAGUGUGGAAAAUCAUUUUCAAAAAGUUCAAAUCUUCAAAUCCACAUGUUGGUACACACUGGAGAGAAGUCUCAUAUAUGUGUCCAGUGUGGAAAAUCAUUUUCAAAAAGUUCAAAUCUUAAAGUCCACAUGUUAGUACACACUGGAGAGAAGUCUCAUAAAUGUGUCCAGUGUGGAAAAGCUUUUCCAUUUAUUUCAACUCUAAGACUCCACAUGCUUACACAUACUGGAGAGAAGACUCACAAAUGUGCCCAGUGUGGAAAAGCCUUUAUACGCAUCUCAGACCUUAGACGGCACACACAUACACAUACUGGAGAAAAGCCUUAUGAAUGUGCCCAGUGUGGAAAAGGUUUUUCACAAAGCUCAACUCUUAAAGCCCACAUGCGAAUUCACACUGGAGAGAAGCCUCAUAAAUGUGCCCAGUGUGGAAAAUCAUUUUCAAAAAGUUCAACUCUUUAUGCCCACAUGUUGGUCCACACUGGAGAGAAGUCUCAUAUAUGUGUCCAGUGUGGAAAAUCAUUUUCAAAAAGUUCAACUCUUAAAGUCCACAUGUUAGUACACACUGGAGAGAAGCCUCAUAAAUGUGUCCAGUGUGGAAAAGGUUUUUCACAAAGCUCAACUAUUAAAGCCCACAUGUUAAUACACACUGGAGAGAAGCCUCAUAAAUGUGCCCAGUGUGGAAAAGCUUUUUCAAAAAGUUCAAAUUUUAAAGUCCACAUGUUAGUACACACUGGAGAGAAGCCUCAUAAAUGUAUCCAGUGUGGAAAAGGUUUUGCACAGCGCUCAACUCUUAAAGCCCACCUGCAAAUUCACACUGGAGAGAAGCCUCAUAAAUGUGCCCAGUGUGAAAAAGCAUUUAGAACGUCCAAAGAUCUUCAACGCCACAUGCUUACACAUAACAAUGAGAAGCCUCAUAUAUGUGCCCAGUGUGGAAAAGGUUUUGCACAGCGCUCAACUCUUAAAGCCCACCUGCAAAUUCACACUGGAGAGAAGCCUCAUAAGUGUGCCCAGUGUGAAAAAGCAUUUAGAACGUCCAAAGAUCUUCAACGCCACAUACUUACACAUAACGAUGAGAAGCAUAGUGGUUACACUGCUGGGAUGAGGGAGGUUGGAGGGAGUGAAGGCGUAAAGGAGGCCCUGGGGCCACACGUCCGCCGCAGAGUUCAACGAACCCAGGAGGUGUACCGCUCUGAUGGAGGAGAGAUGUUUGUCUACCCAAAGGAGGAGUGUCUGAGCCACACUGUAUUUGGAUGGGAUCGUCUUUGCUCUGCUAACAACAUGGACCUCGGACUUCCAUUUAAUUCAGUCUAUGCUGAAACACAACAGGUGGACCUGAGAGUGAUGGUGAAAGAAGAAGAUAUAAAAGAGGAGGAAUAUGAUCAUAUGAUUUCUUGUGCAGAUGAAGCAGAAAAGCCCUUUGCAGAGUUUCACUUUAAUAUUGAAACAGACGUCACAGAGUCACCAAGGUCUACUUACAAUGAAAUACUACAGACAACAGUGAACACUGAAGUGAAGAAAGAAGAAGACGAAGAGGAAGAGGAAGAGGAGGAGGAGGAGCAGCAUGAACUUCUGCUGGAAAGUGUAUCUGAACAUCCACAUACAAGGCAACAGAAGAUCCACGGACAGAAUGAUGAACUCCACCUGCAACAUGAAGGAAGGCUGCACCACUGCACCGUCUGCAGGAAGAGUUUCACAGCCCUGACAGAACUCGAACAACACCAGCAAACGCACUCAGUUAUGGUGAAUCAAAAGAGGUCUCGCAAAAAGCCACGUAGAUAUUCUCAGUGUGAAAAAGCCUCCUCAGUAGUUAAGCACCACAUGGUUACACACACUGGAGAGAAGCCUCAUGAAUGUACUCAGUGUGGAAAAGGUUUUUCACACAGCUCAAGCCUUUCACGCCACAUGCGUGUACAAAGGCACACGCAAGUACACACUGGAGAGAGGCCUCAUAAAUGUGUCCAGUGUGGAAGAUCAUUUUCAAACAGUUCACAUCUUAAAGACCACACGUUUGUACACACUGGAGAGAAGCCUCAUAAAUGCUCCCAGUGUGGAAAAGCGUUUUCAGUCAUUGCAAAUCUUAAAGCCCACAUGCGAAUUCACACUGGAGAGAAGCCUCAUAAAUGUGCCCAGUGUGAAAAAGCAUUUUCAAAAAGUUCAAAUCUUAAAGUCCACAUGUUCGUACACACUGGAGAGAAGCCUCAUAAAUGUGUCCAGUGUGGAAAAGGUUUUGCAGACAAUUCAGCUCUUAAAGCCCACAUGCGAAUUCACACUGGAGAGAAGCCUCAUGAAUGUAUCCAGUGUGGAAAAUCAUUUAGAACGUCCCGAAAUCUUCAGCGCCACAUGCAUACACAUAAUGAUGAGAAGCCUCAUGAAUGUAUCCAGUGUGGGAAAUGUUUUUCAAAAAGUUCAAAGCUUAAAGUCCACAUGUUAGUACACACUGGAGAGAAAUCUUAUAUAUGUGUCAAGUGUGGAAAAUUAUUUUCACAAAGCUCAACUCUUAAAGCCCACAUGCGAAUUCACACUGGAGAGAAGCCCCAUAAAUGUGCCCAGUGUGGAAAAUCAUUUUCAUUAAGUUUUAAUCUUAAAGUCCACAUGUUAGUACACACUGGAGAGAAGCCUCAUAAAUGUGUCCAGUGUGGAAAAGGUUUUGCAGACAAUUCAGCUCUUAAAGUCCACAUGCGAAUUCACACUGGAGAGAAGCCUCAUAAAUGUAUCCAGUGUGGAAAAGAUUUUACACAAAGGUCAACUCUUAAAGCCCACAUGCAAAUUCACACUGGAGAGAAGCCUCAUAAAUGUAUCCAGUGUGGAAAAGAUUUUACACAAAGGUCAACUCUUAAAGCCCACAUGCAAAUUCACACUGGAGAGAAGCCUCAUAAAUGUAUCCAGUGUGGAAAAGAUUUUACACAAAGGUCAACUCUUAAAGCCCACAUGCAAAUUCACACUGGAGAGAAGCCUCAUAAAUGUGCCCAGUGUGGAAAAUGUUUUUCACAAAGCUCAACUCUUUAUGGACACAUGUUAGUACACACUGGAGAGAAGUCUCAUAAAUGUGUCCAGUGUGGAAAAGCAUUUAGAACAUCCAAAGAUCUUCAACGCCACAUGCAAUCACAUACCGGAGAGAAAUGUCAUAAAUGUGUCCAGUGUGGAAAAUUAUUUUCAAGAAGUUCAACUCUUUAUGACCACUUGUUAGUACACACUGGAGAGAAGCCUCAUAAAUGUGCCCAGUGUGGAAAAGGUUUUGCACAGCGCUCAACUCUUAAAGCCCACCUGCAAAUUCACACUGGAGAGAAGCCUCAUAAAUGUGCCCAGUGUGAAAAAGCAUUUAGAACGUCCACAAAUCUUCAACGCCACAUGCUUACACAUAACGAUGAGAAGCAUAGUGGUUAGUCUUCUCGUCAGCCAUAUACAUUAAUAAAUAGGCAAAAAAUUGUAUAUGAAAUGUGAAUAGACUAUCGGUAGUAGAGAUGUUGGAAGGCUUGUUAUGUUAUUAUAAUGUGAAUAGACUGAUCGAGAUGUUGGGAGGCUUGUUAUUAUGUAAUUAUAAUGUGAAUAGACCGAUCGAGAUGUUGGGAGGCUUGUUUUCCCUCUUCUGUUAUUUGCUUUUAUUUGUUAUUGCUGUUUGCUUUUGUUUGUGUAAAGCACAUUCAAUGACCCCUGUGUAUGAAAUGCGUUAAAUAAAUAAACUCGACUUGACUCCUCUCCUCCUCUUGG